CAAAACCCGCGAAUAGCAGCCAGCAGCUUAUACAGGCCAAUGCAACACGCAAAGUCUCCAUCGUACAAGGCUAGAUCUGCCCUGUUUCUUGCAUUUGCAGCUCCUAUCCAUUACGUUUGAUCGUCGCUUCCUCCCAUCCCAUUGUCAUGCAGGGUAUCGAUCGUAUCCCCUUCAACUUACAUCACCCAACCUAAAAAUCAUUCAUUAAGAAAUAAAAGUAAAAGUAUAUAAAUCUGCCUCUUUCCCCCCCCUUCCUAGAUGCUUUUCCUCCAAUCUUACAUAUCGUAUCCCAUAUACAAUACAACGCUUACAUCACACAUCUACAUUCCACCAAGGAAAUUAAAACAAAAUACAAAUAAUAAAUCCAUCCUAUACCAAAAGAUACCAUAAACCAUCCAAAAUGCCGUUGACCCGUCGCCACCACCACACAACAACCACAACCACCUCGCGGCCCUAUCGCCGCAGCAUCUUCUCUCGCCGCGCUCCCCGCGUGCAUCACCAGCGCAAACCGACUCUCAAGGACAAAGUCAGCGGCGCACUUACAAGGCUAAAGGGAAGCCUGACUCACCGUCCUGGAGUAAAGGCUGCCGGAACUCGCAGAAUGCGAGGCACAGAUGGACGUGGAUCGCACCGCUCUAGACGCUUUUGGUAGAGGCUUGCAGCAGGUGUGAUGGCACCGAAUGAUGAUACCCAUACAUGAUGAUAUGAUGAUAUUUGCAACACAUCUUACAAUCAAUUUUUUUCUUAAAUACUACCUUUGGAUUAAUAAUAUCUAUUGAAUAAUUACUUUGAUAUCUCUGCCUGCAUCAAAUUCCUG